AUGCACACUGCCCCCGUGCGAGGGCGCAAGCGCAAAACCCAGCAUCCAUUUGCAUGGGAUCCAUCGAAUGAGGUGCGAGCCAAUAUGCCCCGGGCCUCGGGGAUGCUCGGCGUCAGUGCGCCGAUCGUGAAACGGCCCUACGCGAAUAUCAUUUAUGGUCGCGAGCAGGAUGAAGACGUGGCUGAUGCCCUUGUUGAUCCACUCGAUGUCGUCGUUCCACGCGAUCUAGCUGCCGCCCGCUACGCACUGUACCAUGAGUGGAUGGAUAAAUUGCUGGGUCCUACCCGCCUAGACCAAAUGACAGCACCCGCGCCCGUCUACAAUGCCAAUGACAGGAAAAAGCUACAAAGCGAAAUUUUAUCGCUCCAGGAUGAAAUCGAGACUACCAAAGCUGUACACGCGGAAAAGUUAAAGGCAUUUCAAGCGCCACUCGACGAUACAAACGAGGAAACAGAAACAGAGCCCUGGGCACAAGCUCCCAGUGCUGGCCGCGUAAUUGGCAUUGGCUAUGUACCAGCUGAUAUGCCCGUGGAAGUGGUGGCGCAAUUGGAGGCGCAAGCGAAACGCCGCCACGAGCGCGAGGCACAGCAGCAUCCCCCAUCCAAAUCGGCGGAAGAAAUUCAAGCGAUGAUCGAUAAGGUGAAUCAACGGUAUCAAGAGACACCAACAGUGCCAUAG